UCUAAUUUCAAACGCCAUUUUGUGAUGAGAUGUCAAACCUAAAUGUUUUGAAAAUGAGAACGGUUUUGUUGACGGGGUUAAGUUUUGUUCUUACAGGAGCAGUAAUUGGAAAUGCCUACUAUCAAAAGAAACAGUUUUAUCCUUCUGUUGUUUACAUUACCAAAUCGAACCCAAGCAUGGCUAUGUUGUAUAUUCAGGCCUUUGUCUUUGUAAUACUGAUGGGUAAACUGAUGAGGAAAGUAUUCUUUGGUCAGCUUAGACCUGCUGAAAUGGAGCAUUUAAUUGAGAGGUCAUGGUAUGCUGUAACAGAAACCUGUCUAGCCUUCACAGUAUUUAGAGAUGACUUUAGUCCCAGAUUUGUAGCUCUUUUUACCAUACUUCUUUUUCUUAAGUGUUUCCAUUGGCUAGCAGAGGACAGAAUAGAUUAUAUGGAAAGAAGUCCUGUUAUUUCGUUGUUGUUUCAUUUGAGGGCAAUAACUUUAAUUACAUUGCUGGGGAUAUUAGAUCUGUAUUUUAUCAACCAUGCAUACUAUAGUACUCUAUUGAAAGGAGCUUCUGUCCAACUUGUGUUUGGAUUUGAGUAUGCUAUACUUCUGACAGUAUUAUUUAUGGCUUUUGUGAAGUAUAUAUUACACACAUUAGAUGCACAGAAUGAGAACCCAUGGGAAAAUAAAGCUGUUUAUUUGUUGUAUACAGAACUUGUAUUAGGUUUUAUUAAAGUUGUAUUGUACAUGGCAUUUAUGAUGAUCAUGAUAAAAGUGCAUACUUUCCCAUUGUUUGCUAUCAGACCAAUGUAUUUAUCACUUAGGGGAUUUAAGAAAGCUUUACAUGAUGUGAUUAUGUCGAGGAGAGCCAUAAGAAAUAUGAACACACUUUAUCCAGAUGCCACAGCAGAGGAACUACAAGCUGGAGAUCAUACUUGUAUUAUAUGUAGAGAGGACAUGAUUGAAUUCAGCAAGAAACUUCCAUGUAACCAUAUCUUUCAUACUAGCUGUUUACGAUCAUGGUUCCAACGACAACAGACAUGUCCAACAUGUAGAAUGGAUGUUCUACAAGCUCCAAGACCACAGCAAGUGCCACAAACACCACCACCACAACAACAGCAACCUCAACAACCACAAAUGCCACAAAACUUAUUUCAAGGAUUUGCAGGUAUGCCACCUAUACCAGGAUGGCCACCACAGCAACAGCCUGUACAACAACCAGGUACUUCUGGAGCAUCCACAACUGGCACCCCAGCUACACCAACCACACCUAACACUCCAGGGAGUGGAACUUCUACAGUAUCAGCCACUGGAACACAUCCCUCCACAACACCACCCACAUCAGUACCAAAUAUGCCACCCUUCAUGCCACCAAUGUUUCCAUUUUUUAUGCCAUAUAGUGGUCAAGGAAUGCCUUUACCACCUACAAGACCUGAAGGUUUAACAGAUGAAGAAUUAAAAGUUAUGGAAGGCCAAGAAAGACAAAACGUUGAAGCCAGAAUACAAUGGCUUAGAGAUAUACAGUGUCUUUUAGAUGGUGCUAUGAUUCUGAUACAACAAUAUAAUACAGUAGCAUCACAGUCUAGCAUACCAAAUAUUAAUUUAUCUGGUACACCCAGUAAUAAUACACCAACAGAUACAAAUAAAGCUUCAUCUAGUAGAGAGAAAUCUAAAGAAUCAUCACCAGUAGUAAAUAAUGAUAGGGAUUUAGAUAAAGAUUUAUCUGAUUUAGAAGGAGCUACAGGCUACACUCCACCAACAGAAGAAAUGAUACCCAGCUGGGAGGAUCCUUCACAAGAAGAACAUGAGGAUGAACAACAUGAAGUGCGACGAAGACGAUUAGAAAAGUUUUCACAACCUAGUCCUAAUAAUCAUAUUGUAAAAGAGAAGGCAGCCACAGACUAAAACAAUGACUAGCUUCAAUGUUAAUCCAUGCACCAGGAACACACCUUGCCUGAAAUGACAAAAAACUAUCCAUCUGAAAAAGCUAUUUUGCUAUGUUUAAGUUGUGCAAAUAUUGAAUACAACAGAAAUUAUUUGAAUUACCAAAAUUUUAGCAGAAAUUUUCUUUAUGCUAAAAGUGCAUUGAUAUUUUGUAAAAUGCAGAUGCUUAUCUUGAUCUCUGUACAUCUAAUUAGCAUAUUGUUUUGCUCUGUCAUGAAUGUUGCUUGGCGCAUAGAUUUAUCCUUAUUUGUAUGUCUCUCUGGAUUUAGUAUAAUUGUGCAGACAAUGUAAAAAUAUUGAGAUGUGGUAUGAUUGUCAAUGAGUCAACUAUCCAACAGGGUCCAAAUGACGUGGAUUGAAGGGAUUAUAGGUCAUCUCACAGCCUUCAACAAUAAGCAAAACCCAUACUGUAUAGUCCGUUAUUAAAAAAAACCACUAGACUAAAUAUGAAACAAUUCAAAUGAAAAAACCAACAGCCUAAUUUUUGACAAACCAAGACACGAAAAAAAACCAGAUAUAACAGACAGCAACCAACAAUAACUUCUUAAUUACAGGCUCCUCUCCUGAACUGGAACAGGCACAUGAAUGUUGUAGGGUUAAACAUAUAUUUUAAGAGCUCUUAACCCUUCCACUAACCUGGUACAAAGGUAUAACAACACAACACAAGAACAAACUGUAAAAAUCAGUUGGAAAUGACUGACAAGACCAUUUCUUAAAAACCAUUCACCUCUCUAAUCUCCUUAUGUAUAUAACAUUGAUUUGAAAAUAUUUUAGUUACCUACCUUUACCUACAUUUGCAUGUGUGUAUGAUUUAGUGUACUUAUGAUGAUAUCAUUAUAUCUUUGUUUACAUGGUAGAAAUUUGAGUGAGAGUUGAGUUUCCCCAAUAAAAAGUGUCCACAAAGGAAUUUUAUACACCAGUUUAAGACAGGAUGUUAUAUGGUUUACCAAUGUUAGUCCAUCUGUUCUUCCACCAUCACUUUGUUCAAUAACUCAGAUUGAUGGAAGAAAGCUCCCUUUUGAUUUUUCACAUAUCACUCACUAUCUCAAGUAUGCCUGGAUUGAUUUCCUUAAAACUUUACAUUAUUUUUUAGAUUGAUAAAAAAAAGCUCCAUUCAAUUUUUUAAAGUUUUCGGGUUUGUCGUUCUAGAUUUACAAGAAUUUGUCAGAUUAAAAGUAAAUUGUUUACAUGUUGUACCAUGACUUUAGUUUGCUGGAAUUGAUUUACUGACAACUUAAUUGUUGGAAUUGGUGAAAAUGAUAAACCAUUUGAUUUAAACAAAUUUCCAAUAGAUCAUUCCAGAGUUAUGGGACUUUGACCGUCAGAUAGAUAAAAGGCAUUUUUUUAAUUUCAUGCUUGGAACAAAUUACUACAAACUCAACACUUGUUGGGAUUGGUAAAUAUAGAAUUGCUAAAGAUUUUGAAAAUUUUCUGGUUUGUCAUUCCAGAGUUUAUGGAACUUUCAACAGUCAUAUUUGACAUAAUAUUUGUACACCUUAGGGUAUCCUCAUGCACAUUUUUCUACUGAGCCAUUUUGUUUACUUUGGAUUAAAUGUUGUCUAAAUAUCCCAUUUUAUUUUUGCAAUAAGUUCAAUAUUCACAAUUAGGGUGUAUCAUGCACUCUUGUUGCAGUGUUUUAAUAAAGGAGAUGGGGCAAUAAGACCCUUAUUUGUCCCAAAUAUUACUGCAAUAUUAAUCUUACAUUGUCUUAACUAGACUUAGGUAAACGGUAUUCAGAAAAUAAAAACAAAUUUCAUAGUAGGUUUUAUCAUACAUAACAUUUGGUCUAAUUUAAAAGUGAUUGACAAACAAUUUUUAUAAGUGUCCGCCACCUUUGGAUGUAACAGAUUUAAAACAGAAACAUGUUUAAGCAAAUUAACAAACAUGGGGAAAAUCAACAACUUACUAACAGCAAUUUUUAGAUAAACCACAUUGAAUAAGAGUUAACAAAAUAAUGUAUAAGAUAAUUUGAUGAAAUGUCCACAUAUAUACUGUAAUCCAGACAUAGACUACAAAUAACUGAAAAGUUAUUUAUACCAUCUACUGUCAGAAUAUGAAAUAUUUUAAUUCCAACUACAAGACAUGUACAAACUAUCUCACAAUUAAAACAAAAAAUUAAGGGUUAACCAUUCUGAUCAUUAUACUACAACCAUAGAAUAUCUCUGGUCAAUGAUCUUAUGAAUAUGAACAUACACAUUGAUUUUGUAAUGCAAUUGUUUGGAAAAGAUGCACAUAUAAUUACAUAACUAACUCUAAAAAAAAUUUAAAAGUUCGUUGUUUCAGUAAACAGUCAAAACGAUUUAAACAUUCCGUUUAACAAGUCAGCAGUUUUGUCUUUUGUCUUGUUUGGGUUUUUUUUCUUACUUUGAUUUUCUUUGGUUGUAUCAGUGCGUGACUUCUUUUUCUUUGCUUUCUAUAAAUUAAGCUUUAUUAUUUUUUAGUUUUACUGUUAUCAUAUAUGUGUAUUGUAUAUGUAAGGAGACGACUUAAUAUAAGUUGCAAUAUCUUUUAUCCAAUCCUAUUGCUUGGAGAUUGCAUGGAAUUGUAUAGUGAGACUAUAUAAAUCCUUGGUGAUUGUAAUGAAAUUUUAAUUAAUUAAUACUGGAAUCAUAUUAACCAUAGCACAUUUUAUUUAAAGUCCUUCAUACUAAAAAUUUAACAUUUUUUAAAACCCUUUUGAUACACUUGUUUGUGUUGAAUGGUACAGUUUUUGCGUCAAAAGUUGUACUUUUUUUUUCAAAUAAGUUCCUUCACAUUUAAUUACACAUGUUGUACAAGGGACUUGUUGAUGAAUGGGUGCAAAUGUUAAAAGUGAUAGUGUAAGGAAUGAAUUUUGUCAUUUCAUUUGUAUACAACUAUAUUUGUUUUCAUUAUUUCAAACAAACUUUGUCAAAGAGAGAAUUAAUGACUAGUAACCAUUACCAUUAAUGUUUGAUCAGUCAAGAACUCUUUUAACUAUAUUUUGCAUAGAAAUAUAUAUGCUCAAGUUUUCGUACCAUAGUGUCAAAGUUUAUUUUAUAAUUAUGAGUUUUAGGUAAGGUGUGUUCGAUUCCUUGUUAAUAUAGAAACAAAUCUAGUGCAAUUAAUGUAAUAACACUUUGCCAAUUGCUGGUAGAUAUUGAUUACAUACCUAGUGUGAUACUGGUUGGUUUUAUUUGUGUCUUCUCUGUUCCUCAGUAGCAUAUCAGGUGAAAUUUAAGUCAAUACUUACUUAAAUUUCACUAUAAACCUUAAAUCUCUUAUUAAGAUAUCAUUUUAAUAGUAUCUGACAAUGGUUACAUUUCAUAAUUAUUUAUUGUAUAUCAUAUUAAAGCACAUGUCAUAUGUAUUUCAUAUACUAUUGCAGACUAUUAUUAUUUGAAUAGAGUAUUGGUUUCCAAAAUGUCAGCAAAAUAAGUGUGACAUACAUUUUUCGGUUACUAUUUCUUCAAUCUUUUUAUUGUAUUACUCAUCAUGAUCUCAUUUUUUUAAAAGUUAAAAGUGUUGUGUGGGAUCUGACUGUAAUUUUUACUUCGUAAGUACAUUCAACAUUUGUGGUAAAAAUGGAAUUGCGAAAUAAGUGAUUACCAAAAGAUAUUAAAAAAAUUUUUAAAAAGCUGAAGUACAUCAAAACUAUCAAAACAUGCCCAUAAGGAUUGUAUAGGCAGAUAUACAGUUUGUCCUACCUAUAUAAAGUUUUCUAAAGAGAAUUGUGUGUUAUAUGAAAUAUUUUGAAAUUUUUUUUUGUGUGAAUAAUUUAUUGCCAGAUACGGUAUGCUUUUUUGAAUUCUAUAUAUAUUUGACAAUAUACAGAGUACUUAUAUAUCUUAGCUUUUCAAAUUUUUGGGUUUAAACAUGUCAGAUAAUGAAGGUAAUUGCUUAAUAAGAAAUUGAGAAACAAAAAACAAAAGGUCAAAACUAUCCUGUCUUUUCUGUUAUAUGCAAGAUUUUCCUGGUUUUUUUAAAUUUUAUCUCUGUAUAAUUCUUUCUUUACAAACAUUUAGUUAUUCCUUUAUUUUCAGAUCUCCGUUUCAUUUAUACUUGCACCCAUGCACUGUACUGUAUCUCUGAUCUUUUAAAUGAGUGUUCAUGUAUAGCUGAUCAUUGAGGUGCUAGUCAUUUAUCAUUCCAUUAUAGAAUGUUCAUGUAUGUGUGACAUUAUAUAUAUAUGUGUGUGUGUGUGUGUGUGUGUGAAAUAGAGGUUCCUUUAUUAUUAUAUAUAUAAAGUUUGUUAUAAAUGAGAGUUUGCUAGUAGUUGUUUAUUGUGUGGAAUAUAUUUUGAGUUCUUUGUGAUUUAAAAAUUAUUCCAAAACAGUUUUAAUAGAGAUGAUGUAUUACAUAAGAAAUGUUGUGGUGGUUUCAUUAACAAAUAAAAGCCACAAUUUUUACCAAUUAAAUAAUUUUACUUUCAAAGUAAUUCUAUAAACCAGACAAACUGUAAUAGUCAUUAUUGAAUGAUUGGAUUGGAUGAUAGUUAUGGUUUUACCUGUAUUUUAAAGGUGAUGGUCAGGGCUUGUGAUCAUCUCAUUAUUAUCAUGCUGGAUCUAUAAGGUAGUCAGUUGUUUCUGAUAAUUUAUGAAUGUAAAGAUAUGAAGUAUAUUGCUGAAUAAAAGGAAAAUUUAGAUAUAA